GGGCUGAUCUUUUGAAACUGACCAGAGAGGAUGUGAUUCAGAUCUGUGGUCCAGCUGAUGGUAUUAGACUUUUUAAUGCACUGAAGGGACGGGUGGUACGCCCGAGGCUGACCAUCUACGUCUGCCAAGAGUCUCAGCAGACUCGAGAACAGCAAACCAAACACGAAAACGGAGAUGCUGCCGCCAACACUUUCUUUGUAUAUCAUGCCAUUUACCUUGAGGAGCUCACGUCUGCUGAGCUGACAGAGAAGAUCGCUCAGCUUUUUAACAUCUCACCACUACAGAUAAAUCAGAUCUUUAAACAGGGACCCACAGGAAUCCAUGUACUGGUUAGUGAUGAGAUGAUUCAGAACUUCCAGGAUGAAGUGUGUUUCGUUUUGGACACAAUGAAAGAUAACACAAAUGACGGCUACCACAUCAUCCUGAAAUGAACUGUGCAGGAGUAAAGCGUUGCUCUCUUCUCUAGACCCGAUCCAGCAAGCCCCUCGCGAGCGUCAUGCUCCUCGCUGUUCCUUGAAGAUGUGGAGAUGUCCUCAAUAAUCCUCCUGAUGCUUCGAGGAGGAAAAUGAAACUGAAGCACACAGCGACCCCCUCCUCAGUAAAUCUUACUGUCUAACUUUUUAGGGAGUGACCGUUACCCCCGUGAAGUAGCGUUCUCCUUCUUGGCCUGCCUCUGUCUCCCUUUAAUGGUUGCAUUCUUUGUCGCUUAUGUCUCCUGAAAGAGGUUAGUGGCCCCGCAGCUGCUUUGUUUCUUUAUUUGUUAGCUGAGCAUCUGGUGUGCCCAGGACUCUGUGCCUCUGAAACAGUUUGUUGUCUUUUUAACAAACAACAGCCAAAAAAAAAAAAGGAAGAAACAAAAUGAAACGGCACAUACAGGCUGUGAGGCAACAUGACUCAGUCAGAAAUGCAGCAUGAUUUCUGGUCCUCAUGCUGGGACCGACUCAGUCUGCUGGAAACAUGGUAUAGCCAGACGCAUUCACACCGUCGCACAAGAGAACCACGAGAGGAAAGAAAAGCAGCAUCAAGUCGGACUUCAAGGGAAAAUGUUGGAAUCAGGCUGUGCUCCUUAACUUGUGUGAUUCCUUUUUAAAGCUAACAUUGGGAGUCUUUGGCUGGUUUGAGCUGUUACUUUAAAGGAACAUUUUUUUUUUUUUUUUUUACUUGACUCCCAAACACUGUUUGGUCGUUUUAGUGAGUGCAGCGCCGCAGACCGUAUAGAAGAAGUGGAUUGAGCAUCUGUUACACCUCCCACUGAUCCAUGGCCUAAAGUUUUAAAUCUUUGAGUUUGGCAUUUUGAACGUCAUCGGACCGGCAAAGUCCAGUUGCUUUCUCAAGAUCUCUACUUCUUAAUCGUUUUAUUUUGAGAUAGCAACGCUGGUUUUCCCUGUGAUAGCGAGAUAGUUUCAGUUGUUUUCCCAUUAAAAACGGAUUUUCUGUUGAUCUAGAAAACCAAACAAAAGGCUGGUUACUGUGUUAGGUCAUACUCUGACAUCCCAUGCUGCCAUUACCCACAGCAAUGACUGAAGUUAAGCCUAUUUCUAUAUCUGUUAUGUACAAUUACAACUCUGGAGAUAUGAGCUAAACAAAUCCAGAUCUCAAGAAAACAACUGGAAAUUACUUGUUGUCACGGUUGCUUAACUCUUUCAUAGUUUUUUUCAAAUGUAUUUUUUAUACACCUGUGGUCAAUAUCAGACAGGUUAAAAACUUCUGUUAACUUAAUGAAAUUUUCAGGGUGAGCUGCAUGUGGAGAUAUAAACAGCCUGAUUUUUCAAUCCGACAUUAACUGUAAUUUUCCCUGCCAGCCCCUUUGUUAAUUUACCUCCUGAAGUCAGGGUGAGUCGAUGUGAGAACACAUUAGGAAUUAUUCAGGUAAAUUAACUGAUGCACGUAAUAGGUCUAUUUCAUUGUGUUCUCUAUUCACCACUAUGUUACUCUCCGCUUAUUUAUUGAUUUGGCAUUAAACAUUGACCUAAAGUAAAAAAUUGUCAUCAAACUGUUGGACUACGUCCGCCAUUUCCACAUCUUUUCUUUUUUUAGGUCGUUUUUCCUUUUUGCCCUGCGACGCCCCCUUCUGUCUGACGGGGAUAGUGUUCUGCUGCGAGGAGUUACUAAGGAGGAUUUCAGCGGCAGCCUGCCUGAAAUAAUUCACAAAUUGUCAGUGGUGCAUGUGUGAAAUCGCCUCUGGUUUUUCUCUUUGCAAAAAGGGUAGUGCCCCCUGUUGGUCUUUAGAAAUAAUGCAGGUUUCCUGGGCUGCAUUGGCUUCUUUGUUUGAAAGCUAAGUCCACUUCUUUUACAAAGUCUUUGUGCAGUCAGUGCUGCUUACACUGGCCCUCGUGGUUGUUGCUUAAGAAUCUUGAAUUAUGAUGAAAACACAGUCUAUGUUAUGAUCAUUUCUGCAACACUGUCAAACUUUCCCUGGUCCAAUGAGCUUUCUGUCCCUGUCAGGUUUUUUAAAAAAUCUUUUCAUUAGGCCUAUGCUUUGCAAUUUACCAGCAUUAUGUGUAAAUAGAUAAUUAUUUUUUAACAUACUUUCCCGUGGAACCAUGUGUUACUUUUGCGGUGUCUCUUCAUUAUUUCUGGAUGUAACCACUUCCAAUGACAGAUACAUGUAAUGUGCUGUUGGGCGCACCAGAGCUGCAUGUGAACAUAUGUGUGUAGUCUGCGUUGAGUCCUUUGUACUUCAAAAUAGAAAAAACCUUUGCACAUCCAUUUCAUAAGACAGGCGCAUUGGAGAGUGUGUCCAUCAAAAACUUAAAGGUAAACUCCCGUACAAAGUCUAACUUGCAAAAAAACAUUUCUUGGAAUCAUUUCUGUACUAGACCUUCACCAGGCAAACCUUUCUUUAAGUGUCUUUGCUUCGACUGAAAUCCUUUUUUGUGAUGAAAAGUGGCUCGAACCAAGUGAUCCUUACCGUUUCUUCCUCUUUUAUCUACAAACAGAGAGUACUUAAAAAGAGAGGAGAGUUCACUGUCAGACUUUAGUAUGUGCCAAUAUUUAAAAAAAAAAACAACAUUUGCCUGAUGAAGAUCUUGUACGAAAACGUUGCCAAUACGUUUUUGUUUGCAAGUUAGGCAGUGUGCAGGAGUUUACCUUUUUAAGUUCCUUUGUACUGCCUACAUGAAAUAUAUUGCUUGACAUGUUAAGUAUCCAUCUUAAACCUAUCUGAUCAGCAUUAUUAAAUUUUUUUACCCAA